UCUAUUAUAGAGUGAACCAUUGGAGCAAAUUCAACUCUAUAAUAGAGUUACUCUAUUUUAGAGUGAAAUAUAGAGGAAAUUAUAGAGUGUGAUUGAAGAUGGUCUUAGGCAAAUGAGGUAAGGUAAUGCUGUUCAAAGAUUUGUAUAAAUGAUUUAAUUUAUAAACUGAAAAGUGAAAAGUUCCGGGUUUGGUGGGAGAGGCUAUACGGGAAAUCGAGAGAAGGUAACCGGCUAUAAGCGGUGACAGUCGAACAGGUUAUUUGUACAAACUGUGCUGUGUCUCAGUCUUUCACAUACAGUACUUACUGACAUUUCUAUUGUACUUUUUAUGUCUUCUUUUUGUCGUGUUCUUAUUUUAUUUGCUGGAAUAAAUUACUUCUUACACCAUAAAUUCUGAUCAUGCGAUUAUGGUUAUAGUACGCGUGGAUGGUUAUCCCGCAAAGGUUGAUAAAAUUUGAGCAAUUCAGUUACAUUAAUAUUUCUGUAUACAGUUUUUUUUUUUAAUUCUAUAUAGUUAGAGAGCAAUCGCAACGACCUUUAUUUUUAGCAAAUUGCGCAGAUGAAUAGCCCGAUAAGCCAUGCGUUGCAGCUAAGAAAAAAAUGUUCCUUAUGGGUGGAAAGUUGUGUUUUGUUGCAGACAUCAUAUUUCACAUUUCGUACAUUACUAUGACCUAUAUUAUUCGUAUUUGUUGACAAAAAUAUGUAAUCUCUAAAAAUAUAAUGAUGACAACUAUGGAGGAUAAUUUUUCGCUUAAAAGUAUUAUAGACGUGUUUUAAGUAAACUAUACGAGUUUAAAACCUAGUGUAUAUAAUAAGUUCAACACCGUAACGAAUAACUUUGCAACAGCUAUAUUCUAAGAUCCGCCAGAAAAUGAUAAAGAAAACGGGAAAGUAAAUUCGAAUGUAUUGUAAUAAUCAUGUUUGAAACAAUCAUUACAGGAUUUUUCGUCUGCGUGGGAUAAUAAUGAAACUGAAUGAUAAACUGUGAGUUCGAACAUUAAGCAAUUGAAUGUUCAAAAAAAAACAUUAAGCAAAUGUGUGUUAUGUUACAAUUAUCUAUACAUGAAAGUAUUUCCUCUUUUGGCUAAGAUGGACCACAAAAUUAAGAAAAGAACCAAAGCACUCCAAUAAAGUAUUACAGUAAAUUAAAGUGCACGUAAUUAUUAGUUACUCUCUUCUUGUUUUCGCUUUCUCGCAUUACAUCACGGAUUUGGCAAUUAGCACAUAUGAAGAUCGCCAAGCAAUGUUCUUUUUUUCAUGAUUGUUUGACUUAAAAAAUACCUACAUUUUACUUAAUACAAUUCUGUAAAUAAUCUCUCUCCACAAAAAGUCUCUCCGUAAAUACGUUGGGUGCUUUGCAAGCCUAAUUGUAGCAUAUCUACCUAGCAAUGUAUAAACAUUUAAACCUUUUGUAUGGAAGGUAAAAAUGCUCAAACAGUAAUAAUGUACAAAAUAGUUUUAAAAAAAUAAAAUAAUAAUAAUAAUAACAACGUACAAAAUAUUAAUGGUCUGGUUGGUCUUAAUUAAAUAACAUCCCAACAGCAAAAACUAUUAAAACUUAACUUAAAUAAUCCUUUGGAUUUGUUCAAAAAAAAAAUCCUUUGGACAAAAUAUUGUAUAUAUAUUUAAGCGGGACCUGCUGACGUACUUUCAUCCACCCUAUGGUAACAAAGAACUCGAACUCGAGUGCCUGAGAUAAGGACUCAUACUUCAAUAAUUCAAUUGUACUUCUAUUCGGAAUUCUUAGCAAUGAUACUGAAAUUUAUUUAGUUACACGAAAUUACUUAUAAACUAUAUUUAUUCUAAUGGCAAUAUGGAUGUGGCCCAUGUGGAUAGAGGGAUAAUGUUGUAACUGUGAUACAAUCGUCAUGACAUGGAUUAACAUUUAUAGAGGGGGGGUUUUUUUUCUAUGUGAAUCCAUAGAGACUACAAAAUCUAGUUGGACUGUAGAUGUUAAUUGAAGUCACUUUACAAUUGCAAGUCUGCAAACUGCAAAGUACUCAAGUCCUGAAGAUGUCCAUCGGGAUUCUCAGGUGACGUCGUCAUGCUAACGUCGUUUAGGUUAGUUUCUAUAAAUAAAAGAAAAUGAGAAUCAACGUUAUUAUGUUUGAAUUUUUCUGCACAAAUCUUUUGCUUAGCGAGAAUCCACCGAGUUUGCUGUCAGUUGAUGUAACGGCGUUUCUCGUUCUACAGAGAACUCCGUACUCUUCAGAAAAUAAUAUAUUCAUUUAAAAAAAAAACUGGUCUUAAUAAUAUAUUCAUUUUCUCCCACGUGGUAUAAUAAUAAUAGAAUUAUAAUUAUCUGCCCUUAAUGUGUUUAAAAAAAAGUGUUUAAAAAAAAUUUAUCUGCCCUUAAUUUGCUUAUCAGUAAAUUACCCAAAAAACUGUAAUUAAUUGGAAAAUAAGUAUACAAAUAUAGACUACUGCUCCUUACAAUAUUACACGACUUAAAAUAGAAACUAUAUUUCAUGGUAUUAAUACCAUAUUUUGGCACAUGGAAAAACCAACUUUAUAAGUUACAAAAAAAAAUCCAACUUUGGCCCUUUUAUUGAAAUAUAAAAAAGAAAGAUGUUUUCUUCAAUUAUUAUUUCAGGCUUUCAAGAAAACUAUUGGUUUUUGGUAACAUAUUUUUAAUGUUUUUAGAUAGUUUUUUUAAAACUGAUCAGUAAAAACAUGAAAAUUUUCAAAAUUAAUUACGGAAAAGCCUAAAAUUUAUUUUUGAAUUAGACAUAUCUUGGCUAAGACACUUUUACAACCAUAAAUGGUCAAACGAUAAUUUAAAGCAUUAAAUAUUUAAGGCCCUGGUUUUUUAUAUAAGAUCUAUAAAGUAGAUAGAAGAUUUUCACAUGAAAUUCUAAAUGGUGGAAACGUUUUGCAUUUACCUUCCUAUUCCAUUCGUUGAUGCCUCUUCGAAAUCAGCAUCAGCUUUGUUUUUUCGUACAUGUCUGCAGUAAAUCAAAAUAAUUUCAAAACUGUACAAUACAAAUAUUCUAUGCUAUAUUUUUUUACUUUGAUUUUGAAUGAUCUUCUUACGCACCCAUGAAUACCUAUAAAUGUUGGAAGCCCUGCAACAAAAUCUUUAAGGGUCAACUAAUUUCUCCAAAAUCAUUGUACCAGUAUCAUUUCCCUAAAUGUUGGAAGAUGACUAUUCCGCUGUAUCAAUCUAAAAAUGUGUUGAUAAUAAAUUUUGAAGUAUUAAUCCAGGCAAUGAAAAUCAAAACUGAAAAUUUUGGAGAGAUGAAGGGAUUAGUUAUUUUGCUUCGCUGAGAGACUGGAAAUUAUAGAAGAAAUGUUUCAAUAAAACUCGUCAAGAAAAUGGUUGAACUGAUUUCAAAGCUCAUUUAAUUUAUAAUUUAAACAAAAAGGUUUAUAUGAAAGAGGUGGAGUCGUGGCUUUUAGAAAGAAACAAUUUAGAAACUUAGGAUACAAAUUCAGUUUGAAAAUAAAUUGUAUUAAUGAUGCUUUUAAUUCAUUUGGAAGCACAAGUCAUGUGGCAAAUUUUAAUUGGUCAUGUGAGUUGUGAUUUAGUUAAUAAAGGAUUACACUUUUUUCACUUGAGAUUUAAUCAUCCAUCAAAGUAUUAGGACACGAGGAAACCCUAGGUAGGAAGGAUAAAAGAGCUUUUCGGCGGCCGGGUCUCAUCCCCUCUAUACUGAUAUCGUCAAUGGAGGAGCUUAAGAGUCUAGGUAAACACAACAAGCCGAAGCCAUGGGACGUUGACCCAGACAUGGAGCGUUGUUUGGAGCGUUGGGCAGUGGAGAAAAAGUUCGAUCCGACAUGGAACCCGACUGGUAUGCUCGAAGUCAGCUCCUUCUCCAGAGUGUAUCCUCAACGCAGAGAGAAGCAUCUUCUCAAGUGUUGGCCCAGAGUCAAGUCCGCUCUCAAGGAACACGGCGUCUCCUGCGAGCUCAACCUGGUUGAACGUUAUAUGACUGUUUCAACGACCAAGAAGACGAGAGAUCCGUACAUCAUCGUCAAAGCUAGAGACUUGCUUAGGCUUCUGUCUAGAAGUGUCCCUGCUCGUCAGGCACUCAAGAUUCUGGAAGACGACAUGUCGACAUGAGUUAUGAUAUCAUCAACAUCGGACGUUUGGCUCCAUCAAAGGAGAAAUUUCUAAUAACAAGGAUUCUGUUUUUGGGUCAUAAGUCUUCUUCCUUGAAGACGCUGGAAACAUCAACCAACUGUUUCAUUCGGCUUCAGGGCAACACUGUUGCCGCAAUGGGUUCUUUCAGAGCUCUCAGAAGACUCAGGAUAAUUGUUGAACAUUGCUUCCUUAAUGGAAUGCGUCCUUCGGAUGUCUUGAAAACUAUGGAUGCAGGAAAAUGUGGCCCGAAUAGGUUUACUAAAGAGAAGGAUCCAUUUACAGACUCUCCUUGGUACUUACCAAGCGCUAACACUUCUUGGGAAGAUAUGCUUCCUUUGUAUGAUAGGUUUUAAGAGAUGGAAGCAUACUGGGGUUUAAUCACUCUGUGCUCAAAUCCACUGUGUCUCUGAUCCUGCUGCUUUGUUUAAUUUACGCCAACUUAAUCUAGUAUGUAUUUUUCUUUAUCGACUUGCCAACUUAAUCUAUGUUUCUUUAUCGACUCGAUAUUUACUGCUAUUUUAUUCACUAUAUAUCUUUUAUAAUUUUGUUUACCAAAAA